AUGAAUCACUUAUGCCUCAUCUUAGAAGGUAUUCCAAAUGAAAAAGAUGUAAAAAUACAAAAAGAAAUUAUGAAGCUUUGUAUUCGGUACCAUCAAGAUAUCAUUAGUAUAUCAAAUAAAACCGCGAAACUGUAUAAUAAAGUAUUGGGGAUUCACACAAUUUUUACAGCUAUAGUCAUAGCUUUGAUAGCAAGGCAAUCUUCGAACAUUGAUGCAGUCGUGCAGAUGAUCGGUUGGUUAACUACAAUAUUUAUAAUGUGUCACUCUGGACAAGAUCUCAUUUACAUAAGUGAAACUUUGGGAGACAAAAUUAUAUGCAUGUGUAAUUGGUAUAAGAUGAAUAAGUCAUUACAAAGAGAUUUGCAGUUAAUUAUAUUGCGCAGCCAAAAACCUUUGACUAUUUCAGCUGGACCAUUCGCAAAUUUGACAUACGAUUUAUUCAUAAUGAUUAUUAAAAUGGCGUAUUCAUAUUUUACGUUAAUUACAAGCAAAAACGAUAGUUAAGAAAUUUAAGAAUAAUUAAAUAAAUAUGUACACAGCAUUUGAAAUUCAAAAUAGUGAAUUCAACUUUUCAA